AUGGAUCAACCUCCGUACACUGUCACUGAGGAUGACUUGAACAGCUCUACCACCACCACCGCCAACGGAAAAACUAACCACAAACACGAGACAAAGCGAGGCGUCACGCGACAUGCUGUCUAUCGAGGUAUCCGCAGAAGACAGUGGGGCAAAUGGGUGUCGGAGAUCAGAGAGCCACGCAAGAAGUCUCGGAUUUGGCUAGGCUCGUUUCCCGCCCCGGAAAUGGCUGCUAAAGCUUACGACGUCGCCGCCUUCUGCUUACGUGGAAGUAAGGCGAGGCUAAAUUUUCCCGACGAAGUGGAGGGUUUACCGAAGCCGUCGACGUGCACGGCUAGAGAUAUUCAGGCCGCGGCUGCAAAAGCGGCGCAUUCGGUAGUUUCUCGUAAUAAAGGCAACGUGUCAGCGGAAGAAGCGACUGGGCAUAGCGGUGACGACUUCUGGGGUGAAAUCGAAUUGCCGGAGCUGAUGAUUAGUGGCUGUCAAUGGACAUUUGCCGCCGACUCAGCGUGGCCGGAAGGUGAGGCUCUGCAACAGUUCUUGGCAUGUCUUUGACAUUGUUGUAGAAAAGAACAAAUUCAUAAAUGAACCUCUUCCGAUUGCUGUAUAUGUACGACAGUUAUGGCAUGUUAUACCAUAUCCUUCAAGUUUUGUGAUUUGGAAUUGGCUUCGGAAUUUGGUAGUACAUCACAGGUUUCCUAUCAAGCCACUGUUCAAUUUUUAGGCCUUCAGAUAGAGUGGAUUUCUAUAGCUU